AUGCAAAAAUGUAUUUUCACGAGCGUCAGUGCAUCAUUAUUUGUCAAGACUGCCAAGACCAAGUUUGCUGGUGCCAUGUCCGAUUUAAAUACAAAUAAUAAUAAUAAUAAUAAUAAUCAGGACGCUAUUAGUCCAACUUUAUCCAACAAUCUCCGAAGAUGUAGCUUUCAAAAGAAAUCUUUUGAUAAAUUAAAAAUGUGUCAAGCUGAUUCAGAUAGCAAUCAAGCGAGUCCAGACAUUCAAGUUCGUCAGAAGGCGGUAAAUCGCAUUAAAAAUAGUGACAGUGAUGCCGGUCCACCUGCCAAAUCUUAUGAUAAUAAACAGUUGGAUUCUGACAGUAUGGAUAAUGAUGAAACUAGUGACAAAGAUGAAAAGUUAGCGUACCUAAUUAACUUACAUCAAGAUCGUUACACUGAUAUUAUUCAACAAGAAAAAAAAAAUAAUUCAUCAAAAUCAAAUAAAACUAAACGUCGAAAACGUCGUGAUAUGGAUGAGGAAGAUGGUGACGUUGAUUUUGAUGAAAAAACUUACAAAGGCAAAGUAUUUGAUAGUGAUGAUGAUUCAGAUGUUGAAAUUUCAAACAAAUUAACUGGUGACAAAAAAGCAGUAUCAGAUGUUAUGCAGACUGCGUUGUUGUCUGAGCUACUGCUGAUGCAUCAGUGCUCGCAGAAAAAGGCCGAAGCGAUAAUAACCGCUCGGCCAUUCGAUGACUGA